CUAUAUCUGCGCAAUCGAGAUAGCUAUUCCUCUACCGAUCAUGUAUACUUAACGAUAUUUUUUGAAAAACAUACAUUUCAGGCUAUUUAUAGAUUAAUUAUUAUUUUCGGAUUUUCUGUGCGUCCGAAUAUGGUAAUUCUCGGUUUAUUUUGGAAAUUUUUAUUUUUCGCGCUAUGAGCUCCGAAAAAGAAUGAAUGAAAGAUUAAGAAUAUGCAUGCGGUAUGAAUUUCUUCUUUAUGUUAUUCUUUUUUGAUCUCACGCUCAAACAUGGGUAAAUACAGUUUUUCAUGGAGUAACUGGAUUUGAAAAGUUCGAAAUUUUAAGCGCAAAUAUCAACGCUUGCGAGAUGACGGUCGCAGAAUCCAGCCGCACACACUCGCAUUGGCCGAGAUAAAUAUAAAAAAUCCGCUGCAAAAAGAAUAGCCGACGAUCCCAAGAACAGGUCUGUUCAUCCCUGCCGCUUCUUGUAUCGCUAUCUUCGUCUGUGCUAUUGAUAAACGCGACAAACGAACCUACCGACGCAACUGACUCAUCGCCACGCCAUUUUGUGGCGCGAACGCGAGUAGUAAAAGCGUCUGGAAUAGUGGGGGGAUGUGCCCGCGGCGCGUCGCCAAACAGACGUUUUUCGAAUCGCAAGAUACACGUCCCGCAUAUAUAUCGACAUGUAAACAAUAAUUUGAAUAUAACUCGAGUGUCCAUCGUGUCAACUCGUCGCGCCUGACCGGAGCCGGACAACCGCGGCAAACCCGUCGGCCUCGUUGGCAUCGCACCAAGUGCCCUCCGGAAUCUGGAAAAUUGCGCAUCGCGCGCCCAUCGUAGUUGUGUGAUUAUAAUAGUAGCAUCGCAUCAUAACCUCAUCUCUUGUGGCGUUGUUUGUUGUUUUCAAGAGUCCUGUCCGCUGUGCGUGUAUGACAGGCAUCAGCGAGGGUACAGUGCACCGCGUUAUGUGCGACGACGACUCGAGGACAGACUCGGCAUCAGUAGUGACUCGUGUGCGAGGAGUUCGCUCGAGAGACCAAAGAUGUGACCUGCCUCCGGGUUCGAAAAACUAUAAUGGACUACGACUCGGAGUCCAGUUUGGAGAACGGACGUAAGAAACGCGACGAGGAUUCACCUCGUCAGGAGGGAGAACGGAGGUCGUCCUGGCGACUGGUCAACGCCGCUACUGGUGUGACUGGCCAGGCCAAGGUUCCUCUGGGAGCAGCGGCCAGCAAAGCGCUCUCCUCUCAAGUGAUGGAGUAUUAUCAAAAGUACGCUCAGAAUUCAAAUCUGCAUCAGUAUUUUGCAUUGCCCUCUUCGAAUUACAAUGCAACGGAGAGUUCCAAGUAUUAUUACAGUAUUUACGAGCUAAGUCCUAAAUACGCACCUGAGAGGCAGAGCUGUAUUGGCCAGGAUUAUAAUUUGAAGUCGUAUAUUCCUAAGGAAAGACGACGCUGGAUCAGACCUCCGUUGAUCGGACAGUCUUCUUCUACUGAAGGAUCUUCUAUUUAUGUUAAGUCCAUGACAGAACAACAAUCAACCAACUCCGACAGUCAUCAAGACCAAGACGACGAGGAGCAGCAGCAACAACAACAGCGACAACAAGAACAAGCACAAGAGCACGAGCAAUAUCCUGCAAACACAAGCAGCAACGACGAAGGUCUUGUCAUAACUGAAGAAAAAGCCGUUGAGUGCUCUUUUCAAGAACGUCAUCAUCAACAAGACCAACAUCAACAAGACCAGCAACAACAGCCCCCAAGUUUGAGCGAGUCAACAGGUGACCCACGAAAAGCGCCGUCCCCGACGUCAAGCGUCGCGUCACAUAAACCUCCGCUUGAGUGGGACAGCGGUGCAGACGUAGGCUACCUAUACUCGAGCUCAAAGCAAUUGAGCACCCUUGAGCGCAUGGCCUUGGCCCGUGGUUGUUCUGCCGCCCUCAGGCUUGACCCCGAAGGUGUCACCACCGAGCAGCAACAACAGUCGCCAGGAGCUAUCCGGACCAGCGUUGCAGCUGCUGUACUUUCUCUUACUUCCAAAGCCAACGGCAGUGGCAACGGAUUGACCAAGACAUUGGCUGGUAAACCAGACGCCAACUCGACGCCUCUAUUAUUGCUUGGAAAUGUUUCGGGAAGCGAGAGUGAGGUCGAGAUUACGCCGAUUGUGAAGAAUCAUCUCCCUGGUAUCGUCGCGGGGGAUGAGGUCAAAUCUGACCAAGUCGCAAGUUCCAAGAGUAGAAAGGAUAUACUUGAGUGUUUACAGGAAGCCAAAGACACUAUCGAGACGCCAAAGUCAGCCAACGUCUUCAAGCUCCCGCUCGCCCUGAAGUUCCCCCAAGAAGAAUCGAAUCAAAAAUCCGCAGCCGCAACACCGCAGUCAACUCCGCCACCAACGGCCACAAGCGCUUCUUCGAAGAACGACGAAAAACCCGUGGACGAACCGACGGAAAUAUCGCCGCUAAAGAAGAGCUCGUCGAUGAAUUUGUUGGCCUCGCCAACGUCUAAAUAUCCGUUGAAACGCAGCCAGAGCGAACUGAACCUGUGCGGCAACGAAAAAGCCGCGCCCAAGCUCAUUUUCAACUCAACCUCUUCCAUCGCGACAGUCGUAAACAAUCAGAAGCCUAUGACUUGCAACAAGCAGAUACAAACGAGUUUCAGAAUAUGCGCGCAAGAGUCUGUCGGAGUGCAGGUCUCCGUUCCCAAGGAGGAAGAAAAGCCACCGCUUCCGAAAAGAGCAACUAGUUUAGUGCCGAGGUCGUUGAAUUCGAUUUUGAAAAAUCCGAAAAGUACUUAUAAGGUGCAGAAUCCCAAGACUCCCAAUACAAGAGAUGCUUCAACUUCUAAGGAAGAGGAGCAGAAUGAAAACGAAAAAGAGGAAGAGAGCAGUUCUGAUUCUUCGCAAAAUGCUUCCCUGACCCCUCAAGCUGAUGACACGGAAAAUAAUGUCACUGGUAGAGCGAACAGUUUUGAAUAUUUUCCAGGACACAUUUAUGAAAAUGUGCCAAACGGUAGCACAAGUCAGGUCUCUUCGGUUGACACUGGCCGCUCGAACUCAACGAUGCCUAACACGAGUUCGAGCAUCGACGAAAAGCUCUGGGGUGACUCGGAUAACUUGGUACGCGAUCUCGAACGCAGUGUCAACAUUCUGAAAAGCCUUGUGGAUGCGAACAAACUAGACAAGCAGGUGAAGAAGCGUCUGAUACAUCACGUAGUGAAGAGGCUUGUUACCGCCAAAUACACGGACGAUAAGAUUGAACAUAAUCUCGAAGAAAAUGUCCCAUGGAACCCAGCUGAUGCGAGGAAUAAGGUGUACAGAACGGAGAUUAUACAAGCUCUGGCGAAGAACACUACCGACUCGUCCGACGAUUGGAAACCUUCGCAAAAGAAAAAAAGCCCGAAAAAAACAGUACCUACGCAAGAGGCUAGGGCUAUCAAAGAAAUCAUUAAUAUUCCUGCUGAAAUUGAAAGCAGCAAUAGUGAUAAAUUUGAUAGAAAUACGGAUAGGACUGUGAUGGACGGCAGAAAAGCGAGGAUGGGCUUGAGAGCAGAUGACUGUGACAGGCGGUGCAGCAGUAAUACGCCAACUAACAAAAGCGAAAGCUCUGAAUGUUUUUUACCUCAGAGAGCGUAUAAUAAGAAUGCGAAAAUUAAAAACAUGUUCAUAACUUCUACUUCCAAUAGCUCGCCGCAGGAUCAGAACAGAGCUCUUCUAGACGCUGUUGUUAAUAGCAGACCAAGUCCAGUGGACUCGAGUAAUGAGGCAGGCAACAGCGCAGACUGGCGGUUGCCUGCGACUGCAUCUGAGCGCAGAUACGAGUUACGGCACUGUAAUGAAUCAGAUUCCGCUGAUGCCAAGCUAGUUUCUUACGCCGAAAUGGAGAAGCAAAACCAACUCAUUUGGAUAACCAAUGAAAUCAGCCACUUGUCGAACCUUAAGAAGCUUCUUGAACAAACAAAAACGAAGCCUGAAAGAUCAAAAUCAUCUCCCCGGAAAUCUAAGCAGUCAAUCUCAAAGCCGCAAAAGUCGCUACCUCCGACCAAUCAUCCCCGGCAUCAAAACGGCGAAGUUCUGGUCGAAGAUGGUCAGCUAAGUAGGCAGUGGUCUUCGCACUGCAACCUCGCAAAUUGUCCUCCCCCUGAAUUGAACGCAGUAAAACGUUUGAAAAAACGCAAUAGUGGCACGCAAACAGCUACUGAGUAUUCGGCGGUUUAUUCCAAAACGAGCAGCGAGAUCGUUUCAGCAAGAAUUCAGAGUCCAAACAAAAAACUAGCAAACGCAUACGCGCAAACGCCUAAGUCUCCACUACUGGCCUCUGCUUCUGUUUGUCCCGUUCAUUCAAACGAUCAGCCAAUGAGUUGUAUAUGCGGUGCUCGUGUUUGCCAAUGCUGUACAUUAAAAAAUCCACCUAUGCAAUACUUGUAUUCUGACGGCGAUAGAGAUGAAUAUCAGAGCGAGGCUAGAUCAGAAGAUGCAAAAAAGACGAAGAAUCAGUUGAAUGCAACAAAGUUAAAGUGUACUUGUCAAAUCAAUGAUCAAAUGUCACACAAAGUUAAUGUCAAACACAAAGAGGAUAGACCGAAGAAAUCAGCGACAGCAAGCAAAACUUGCGACAAUCGUCAAUGCCAAGGACCCGUGUGUUCUUGCGGAAGAUAUAAAUUACCCGAGUCGCCAUCCUGUCAGUGCGGUAGAGAUUGUGAGUGUGAAAAUAGAAAUUUGGUUCGCGGUUUUGGAAGAAUGCAGAUAAACAAACCUCCGACAAAGAAACUCUUCGAAAAAAGCACCACGACUAACUGCAGUUGUGAAUGUAAGAGAGUGGAGGAAACGUCAAGCGCGAGAACAGAGUACAGCCAUUAUUCGAAUAAAAAAGGUCAACCGUAUUUUUUGGGUAAAUCGGCUAGAGAAGCAAAUACACAAAAUUGUUGUUGUGGAAACAAGACGAAGGAUCGUCCGAAAUCGUAUCCUAGUCCGCAGCUGAGUGCGCGUACGAAUGAUUCCGCGUCAAGUGAUUAUAAAUGUUGUCGUGUUUGCGGCACAAUCUAUCAGAAAGAUCGCAGUUGCAAUUGUGUUCCCAAGAGUUAUCCCAAAGCAGUAGCUUAUGAACUGGCGUUUGUCGACGAUGACCAAGAUUUAGAGGAGGCUGGAGACAGUGAGACUGGACAGUGUGGCAAAAUCAAUAUGGAAAUCAAAAGUAUAGAAAAGAAUGUGCCUUUACCGAGUUCCAGGUCACGAGGACGAGUAAAACUUCCUAAUGAUAGCAAUGGCACUCGCUGCGCAUGUCGAGGAUUACAACGCACGAUUAAGCGUUGCGAUUGCGAGUGCAGAGAAGUGGAAGUGAACAAGUUUUAUAAUGAAAGGAAAAGCACGUUGCAGGAAUGUUUGGCAUCUAACAACCCUGGGUUUGCGGAUAAUGUUGAGACACGUCGACAGUAUGUUUCCGAAAUUCAACGACUUCGGCAACUUAGAAAAGAUAGGCGGAUGCAAUUAUUAGCAAUGGCAACGACUACUAAUGUUUUUACGGGGCCUGAACAGCCUAAAGUUACAAAAAGUGUACAAAAGAAAAUAUCGGACGAAGAGAUGAGGGCAAGAUUACGAAAGCGAUACUUCCAGCUUACCGAGGUUCGAGCAAAACGCAGACAACAACAGUUGCAAGAAGAAGGUCGGUGCAACAAAUUAAUGGCCAAAAUAUUUGGUAAAAAACUUCAGCAGAAAGUGCUAAGAGGACAGGUGGACCUAUCGCAAAGUGUAAGCGUCAUUUCAAAUUUAUAACAUCGAUUGUGUUCUAUAGUUCAAGUGGCGACAUUAUUUUAUUAGAAUUAAGGCGAUACGAAAGUCGAAUAUACUGUUAGAUGCAGAGAACGCAAAGAAAUAAAAUUUCAUCCGGUGAUUUAUUUAAUUUUUGUUCUAACGUUUAAACACUCUAUUUUAAAUUAACUUUUGUACAAAAAUCAAAUGAAAAAAUCCUUUUUCAGAUCUUUGAAUAAGUGAUACAUUUUUAAAAAUAUUUUUAAAGUACAGUUUGCGCAUAUUUUUUUAAAAAUAACAAUACUCUUGGACUUUAUAAGUAGUAACUAAGAAUUUCAUAACUGUAAUUAUAUAAUUUAUUUGUAAAAUAGAUUUCCUUUGACGAUGAAAUAUUUUAUCUCUGAACAUUUUAUAAAGAAUAAGUAGAAAAUAUAACAAAUAUGUGAAAGAAUUCGAAGAUUAAAAAUUUUCGGAUUUUGUAAAAGAUUAGUUUAAAGGUCAGACAUUUGGUGUUAAAUGAUAUGACAGCAAUGAUGACAUGAAAUAAUUAUUAGUGAUAAUAAUACGUAGAUAAAUUAAAAAAAGUACUUAGUAAAUAUUACAAUGCACUUCCAUCGUAUAAUCUUCAUUUAACAAUUGUAAAUUCAUGUCAUCAGUUUUGCAUUCUUUGUUUUACACCCUAUGAAUUCACCCUAAGAAUAAUAAUUGAUUACGUGUUAUUUAAAAAGGCGUUUGACAUUAUAAAAUAAUUUCAAAAUAUACAUUUUUUAACAAACUAAAUUAAUAACGAUUAAAGUAUUAACCUGUUUUCGAAUCGACCGUAACAAGACUGAAAGUACCUUUUUAAAUAAAUGAAUAUCAGCACGUAUCAUCUAUUAGUAUCAGUAUCUAUGAAACAUGACAGUUUUUGUAAUCUAAAUUAAGAAACAUACCAUAAUAUAGUUUCCAAUAAAGUAUUGAAUCUAAUAAGGAUUAUGUAGAUAUUCAUGCAAAAAGAAAAAAAUGGCUGAGAUUUAAAGUCUGAUUUUUUUUUUGUUAAUCAUUAAAAUUCUCAAGUUAAAUAAAGUACAAUGUAGAUGAGAUUAUGCAUCAAUUUUACCAAGCAUUUAAAGGAUUACUGUUUAUGAAUAUUUUUGUAUUAAAUACCUUUAGAAAGGCUUUAAUUUAAUGAAAAAGAAUGAGCCUAGUACCUGAAACAUAGUACACAUUUAGAAUUAAGUUUGUUUCUUGCCAUUUCUCAAAUCGUAUUCGUAUUAGAGUAAAAAGUUUAUUAUUUAAAUAUUUGUAUCAAGUAAUCAAAAUGUAUGCCUUAUCCAAGCAUUCUAACCUAGUGCCUUUUUUUUUAAUUUUCAUGUGGAUUUAUAGUAGUGUAGUUAACAAGUACUUUUUAUUUGUAGUCCUUUGAAACACUUCAGUUUUAAGCAUAUUUUGAUUUGUAUACAUGACAUAGAUGACUUUAACUAAACCUUGUAAAUUGUGACUGUAAAAAGAACAAAGUAUAACAAAUAAAUUUAUUUAAAAUUUGCAAAAAA